GAGGCUGCCGAGUCACACAACGCAGUGGUUGUUAGGUUAGGAGUGAACUGUGACGAGAGUAUGCUGUUGUUUUGGUGCCCGGGGAAACUCGAGGCCGGUAAUUUCGCCGUCGUGGCGGGAAAUCAGCAUGUCAACUUUGCCCGACUCUGUGGCAGUACUGAGUUGGCGUUCGUCCAGUUCUUUGCAGAAGAUCAGGAGUCUAUCCUUCAGCUGCGCCAAACUGUCGUUGAUGUGCCCAAUUUGGGUGGCAUUCAUGACCCUGCCAUGCCUGUUUUGCAAGACGUGACAGCACAGGUACAAUGCAGGGCAAGAGAUCGCCUAAUGCUGGAGGAGCCUCAGCCUGAGGUUCGUCUUCCUGAGGUCUUUGACAUUGCCACUCCUGACGACGCUACUGCACGCACAGCAGAGACAGCCAGUGAAACCGAGCCUGAGCAAGAGCCUUUCUUUUCCACGUACGUUUUCUCUCAGCCAGAAGUUUCCCUUGACCCCGCCUGGGAAAGCAGCUUUGUUGUUAGCAAGCAAGAACUGCAGGAAGAGCCGCCGCA